GUACGCACCACCAAGCCAACAUCAUCAAUGGUUGUAGCUGAAGCAAGGAAAAGAUACCCGCAUUGCAACCGAUAUGAAGAAAGCUGGGAAGCCGACGCAAAGCACACAUCAGCCAGGAAGAGUGGAAAGCAAAAAGACUUGCAUAAAAUACGUUGGCAUUACCUCAGGUUGGGUAUUCCUAGUUCCAUUUUGCGUUGAUAGCAGUCAUAUUUUGAAGAGACUGCUACUAGUGCUCGCUUGUUGUCAUUGUACCAGCAAAGUCUGAAAUAAUUAACCAUGCUUUUCAAUCCACACAAGUUGGGGGUGCACAAGGUGCUUCAGCAUAUCCCUCUCAAUGCUUUGUUUGAUGCUCCUUACAAGAGACGCCUGGCAAGGGCAGUCAAUAUUGCUGAUCUGAGACUGAUUGCCAAAGCCAGAGCUCACAAGAUGGUUUUUGACUACUUGGAUUCUGGUGCCGAUGAUGAAAUCAGUCUGCGUCGCGGUAAAGAUGCUUAUUCAGAGCUAGAAAUGCACUACAAAAUUCUAGCCGGAAUCAAACCACCUCUGGAUAUGUCAACAAAGAUUUUUGGCUGUGAUGUGAGCUUGCCAUUCUUUGGAUGCCCCACUGCUGGUAAUAGAAUGUUCCACUGGGAGGGUGAAACGGCGGCUGCCAAGGCAGCCAAGCACCAUGGAACUCUGUAUGGUUUGUCUUCUUUGGCAACUACUGGAAUUACCGAAAUUGGCGAACUUUUUGAUGGCCCCAAGGUAUUUCAGCUGUACGUAUGGAAAGACCGCGAACUUGUGAAGGAAGUGCUUGCAAAGGCAAAGGAGGGAGGAUUCAAUGCCCUGGCUCUGACAGUCGACUUUACAUGGUACGGUAACCGUGAGCGUGAUAUUCGCAAUGACUUUUCCAUCCCUCCAAAAUACACCGUGCCACAAAUGAUAGAAGCCAUCAAGAAACCCGCAUGGACCUACGAUUUCCUCUCCCACGAGCCCUACACCUACGCAUGCAUCAAUACGGAUGUCCCGGCCGAUUCUCUGGCAGCUUUCGUGAAUAGUCAAAUUAUGCCUGAAUUCAGCUGGAAAGACGCGGAGUGGUUGCUUGGAGAAUGGAACGGCCCAGCGGCUCCCAAGGGUGUUGUCCGCCCUGAAGAUGCUUUGAAAGCACUUGAAAUUGGUUUCUCCAGUAUCUGGGUGUCCAAUCACGGAGCACGGCAACUGGAAACAUCCCCCGCAACAAUUGACGUCUUGCCAUCGAUUCGCGAGGCUGUUGGACCGGAUGUGGAAAUCAUCAUGGAUGGAGGUGUCCAGCGUGGAACAGAUAUUGCCAAAGCUCUGGCACUUGGUGCCGACUCUGUCGGUGUUGGCAAACCAUACUUGUGGGGUCUUGCUGCUGGCGGAACGGAUGGAGUCAUCAAGGCCUACGAAAUCCUGAAGGUUGAACUGGACCGAGCCAUGGGUCUUUUGGGAACACCGACGGUGGCUGAUUUGAAAAAGGAGGGACCAUCACUCAUCAAGAGACGUCAUGGCAGUAGUCGAGAUUACCCAGAUAUGUAUGCACCCGACCGUGGCUAUGGCGGAGGCAUUGUAUAGAUCUUCGGUGAGAAACGAAGAAUGAAAAUGCAGUCCCACUCACUCACAACACCACAUAUUAGAUGCCCCUAAGAACGGUUCAUUAUUAUUUGCGCUACAUAAUUUCGCCAAACUAUUGCUCUACGAGAAGUUUCCUGUUGCGUCAUAAUCUGUUUUAUCUUUGCAUGCUGCAACAGGCGAUCAAGAAUCCGCCCUGGCUGGUACCGGGUAUUGGGCAAGGCGUUUGUCCAGCACAAUAGGGUCAGACUCUGGUGUUUGUGCUGGAAUCAGCCCCCUCGAAUUGAAUCAACCAAGGAGAGCGAGGCCGAUCCUACUAGAGUGUGGCGUAAGAGAAUGGUCCCUGAAUUCAUGCCUGCGAAUUUCAACCCGCAGGCGAUGAAACAGCGACCGAAUACGCUUCAGACGUACUCAUCAACUGCAUCAAACGUGCGCUGCUGUCAGUGGUUAAGAUGAUUGGAGCAUCGCGAAGCUUCGUUGUAACAGUUGGAGCUCCCAAUAUCAUUGUCAGUGUUGGAUUCGUAGCCGACAUCAGGAUUAUAACACAGAGUAUCUCACCCCGCUUGCAAACCCAACUGAAGUUUUGGUCCUAAUGACUAAAACAAGUUUUAUUCCGAUUUACUAAAACUUGUUUUAUUCCGAUUUACUAAAACUUGUUUUAUUCCGAUUUACUAAAAC